AUGGUCACGCUGGAGUCGGGCACCGACUGCUACGACGUGGUCGACACGCUGGGGAAAGGCACCUUCGGGGAGGUGGCCAAGAGCUGGCGGAGGAGCACGGGGGAGAUGGUGGCCAUCAAGAUCCUGAAGAACGACGGGCACCAGAGCCGGAUCAUCAAGAACGAGCUGAAGCUGCUGCAGGCGAUGGGGGCGGUGGACGCGGAGGAGUCGCACAUCGUCCGCUUCCUCGAGUCCUUCCACGACGGCGCCAAGUGCUACCUGGUCUUCGAGCUCCUGGAGCAAAACCUCUUCGACUUCCAGAAGGAGAACAACUUCUCCCCGCUGCCCGUCAGGCACAUCCGCACCAUCACGGCGCAGGUGCUCAAGGCGCUGGCCAAGCUCAAGGAGCUCUCCAUCAUCCACGCCGACCUGAAGCCGGAGAACAUCAUGCUGGUGGACCACGCGCGGUACCCGUUCCGGGUGAAGGUCAUCGACUUCGGCUCGGCCAGCAUCUUCAGCGAGGUGCGCUACAUCAAGGACCCCUACAUCCAGUCCCGCUUCUACCGGGCGCCCGAGAUCCUGCUGGGGCUGCCCUUCUGCGAGAAGGUGGACGUCUGGUCGCUGGGCUGCGUCAUGGCCGAGCUGCACCUGGGCUGGCCGCUCUACCCCGGCGGCAGCGAGUACGACCAGGUGCGCUACAUCUGCGAGACGCAGGGGCUGCCGCGGGGCGGGCUGCUGCACGCCGCCCGCAAGGCGCACCGCUUCUUCCGCCGGGCGCCGCGCCCCGACGCCGCCAGCCCCUGGCAGCUGAAGCCCCUGGCCGAGCACCUGGCCGAGACCCGGGAGAAGCCCGUGGAGCGGCGCAAGUACGUCCUCGCCUCGCUGGACCAGAUGGAGACGGUGAGCGGCCCCCGGAUGAUCUGCCCCGACGGCGAGGCCAUGGCCGAGCGCUGCGACCUCCGCGGCAUGGUGGAGCUCGUCAAGCGCAUGCUGACCUGGGACUCGCACGAGCGCAUCGCGCCCGGCGCCGCCCUGAAGCACCCCUUCGUCUCCCUGCAGCAGCUCAAGGCGAGCUUCGAGCCCACCCGCUACUACCGGCUCUGCCAGCAGGGCUUGCAAGCGGCCUGCAAGGACGCCGGCGCGGCCGAGGCUUUCCCCGCCGGGGAGGAAGGCGCCGUCCUCCCGCCGCCGCAGGAGGAGCCGGCGCGGCCCGGCACGGCCGGCCGCUGCAGCGUGCAGCGAGCCAUCGCCCAGAUGGACGACCUCAGCCUGGCCGAGGCGGCGCCGGGCGACGAGAACCGGUGCGGCGCCGGCCAGCCCGCGCCGCCGGCCCCGGCCCCCAUCCCCACCCGCUACGGCGGCUGGCACAGGGCCGCCCGGCACCGCCGGCACCCGCGGCGCCCCAAGCCCGACCCCGUCCUGGGCAACCUCAUCGUGCUGGGGCCGCGGUCCCCCGGCGGCGGUGGCGGCCGGGAGCGCCAGGGGCAGCGGGGCCUUGCCGGUGGCACGGUGUUCGGCGGCACCGAGGAGCAGAGCCCGCCCGGGAGACCUCCGCCCUCGCCCCACGCCAAGAGAGCCCUGGCCGAGUGGUGCGUGCCCGAGCCCCAGCGGCCCGUCGCCGGCGCGUGGCUGGGCCCCGAGGACUGGCUGCGGGAGCGGGGCUCGGAGCGUCCCGCCGGGCUCCACCACGCGCAGGGCCGGCACCUGCGCUACCUGCAGCACGUGGCCGGCCACCGCUGA